UACUGCGCAUGUUCGCUGCAGCCGGCUUGGUUGCGGCCUACUGUUUUCGCAUUUGGGCUCAAGGGGAGGGAAAUAUAGUAUUUUUGUUGGACUUUUGGUGAUCCUCAUAGAGAUUAGCGGGGAAGGGAACGGAGGCUCAAGUAAAUUGAGCCAUGCAGGCGGAGUAUUACAGCCCGGAACACUCAGACGAUGGAGGUGCUACUCCGGUACAGGAUGAGAGGGAUUCUGCCUCUGAUGAUGAAGGAAACGAGCAUCAUCCUGGUUCAGAAGCUGGAAGUCCAGGCCGCCGGUACGAGAAUGAACAUAGUGAUGCAGAGGACAACCAGAGAAGGGGUGCCAGUGGAUCUGAAGCAAAUGAUUCAGAAGAUGAGGUACAACAAGGUCCCAACUCUAGCGACUUAGAAAAUGACGACAGCUUUAACCGAAAUGCAAGUGACUCUGAGCCUGAAGGAACUCGUAAUCGUGUUGGGAGUGAUUCAGAUGACGAGGCACCCAAACAGAAAGGCAAUGAUUCUGAUGAUGGAACUCCCAUGAAAGGUGCAGCCAGUGACUCUGAUGAAGAGGCUCGGUCUAGACAUUCAGGUAGCGAUUCUGAAGAUGAUGCGCCUAGACAGAGUCGAGUGAAUGAUUCAGAGGAUGAAUCUCCUUCUAAACGUCGAGGCAGUGCCUCGGAGGAUGAAACUAUGAUCAAGCGUGCAGCAAGUGACUCAGAAGAUGAGGCCCCCACCAAGCAUGUUGCAAGUGACUCAGAAGAUGAUGCCCCCACCAAGCAUGUGGCAAGUGACUCUGAAGAGGAGUCCGCUAGUAAGAGUACGGCAGCCACCAAGCAUACAGCAAGCGGCUCUGAAGACGAAGCUACAGCCAAGCGCGCAACAAGUGAUUCUGAAGAUGAUGGUCCUGCCAAGCGUGUGGCACCUGCUAAACGUAAAGUCCGCACCAAGCGUGGCAAGAGCAGCUCUGGAGAUGAUACACCUGCCAAGGGUCCGAAAAGUGACUCUGAAGAUGAGGCUCCUGUCAAGCGUUCAGGGAGUGAAUCUGAAGAUGAGGCACCAAAAAAGAAACCAGCAGAUAAGGCUCCUGCUAAGAGAUCUCUUAUUGACUCUGAUGAUGAAGCACCAUCUAAGGCCGUGUUAAGUGACUCAGAAGAUGAGGCCCCUUCUAAACGUGUUGCCAGUGACUCAGAGAACGAAAAGCCACCCAAGACAGAAGGCAACAACUCUGAAGAUGAGUUUCCCAGAAUGAAGAGGAAAAUUGUAUCAUCUGAUGACAGUGACAGCGAAGAGGAACGUAAACCUGGUCGUAAGAGGAAAAAGAAAUCACCGCGACAUAGCUCUGGUAGCGAUGAUAGUGAAAACGAGGAUGCAAAGAAACAAAAAGAAGAAAGUGAUGGAGAAAGAGUUGGAAAAAGAAAAGCAACGAUCCUUUCUGACACUGAAGACGAAGAGCCCGCUGAUAAAACAGUGGGUAAAAAGAAGAGAGUUCUUUCUGAUGGGGACAGCGACAGUGACGCUGGAUCUGGGAAGCAAAAAAGGAAAGCUGUCUCCUCUGACAGUGAGGAGGAAGAAGGGGCUAAAGACGAAGGCGAGUCAAAGGAGGAAGAGAAAAAGCUGUUUGGUAGCGACAGUGAUUCUGGAAACGAGGAAGAAAAUCUUAUAGCUGAUAUUUUUGGGGAGUCUGGAGAUGAAGAGGAGGAGGAAUUCACGGGUUUUAAUCAAGAGGAACUUGAAGGGGAGAAGGCUGCAGCCAACAAAAAACCGAUAGCAGCUGCAGAAUCCGACUCAGACGAUGACAUUAGAUCUAGUAAAAACGCUGACUUCAAAUCAGACUUUGAUAUGAUGUUGGAGAGGAAGAAGAGUAUGAGCGGUAAACGCAGAAGGAAUCGUGAUGGGGGCACCUUUAUUAGCGAUGCCGAUGAUGUCGUUAAUGCUAUGAUUGUAAAGAUGAAUGAAGCAGCAGAGGAGGACAGAAAUCUCAAUUCUAGCAAGAAGCCAGCCCUAAAAAAAUUAACCCUGCUUCCGACUGUGGUGAUGCAUCUAAAAAAGCAAGACUUGAAAGAGACAUUCAUUGACAGUGGGGUCAUGUCUGCAAUAAAGGAAUGGCUCUCUCCCCUUCCUGACCGCAGUCUGCCAGCUCUGAAAAUCCGAGAGGAGCUUCUAAAAAUACUUCAGGAGCUGCCCAGUGUGAGCCAAGAGACUCUAAAACACAGUGGGAUUGGCAGAGCUGUUAUGUAUUUAUACAAACACCCCAAGGAGUCCAGACCCAACAAAGACAUUGCUGGCAAGCUCAUCAAUGAAUGGUCACGGCCUAUCUUUGGACUGACCUCAAACUACAAAGGAAUGACCAGGGAGGAGAGAGAACAAAGAGACUUGGAACAGAUGCCCCAGCGCAGGAGAGUCAGCAGUUCUGGAGGCCAAACACCACGCAGAGACCUGGAGAAAGUAUUGACAGGGGAGGAGAAAGCUUUGCGGCCAGGAGAACCAGGAUUCUGCGCACGAGCUCGAGUUCCACUGCCUUCCAACAAGGAUUACGUGGUCCGUCCGAAGUGGAAUAUAGAGAUGGAAGGUUCAAGGUACCAGGGAAACAAUAAAAAAGGGGUGAGCCGACUGGACAAACAAAUAAGGAAGUUCUCGGACAUCAGGAAGAAGGGGCGCUCGAUGCAUGCUGUGAAAAUCAGCAUUGAGGGGAACAAGAUGCCGUUGUGACAUGUGUUGCUGCUGUGGCUUGGGUGAGGGAGCCCACAAUGAGCCCCACACUGAACGGUUUCUUGGUCCCAUUGCUGUCAUUUAUUUGGACUCACUGGAGCCUUUGGCAAUAUUUUUUAAUGUUUUUUUUUUUCUUUUGCACAAUAACCCACUUAAAGGCAUUCUGUGCCCCGAAGGAGUCUCAACAUCUCUUAUUAACUAACCCAUCUCCUAUAAUGAACUUUAGCCUUAAUUUCUGGGCUGUAUUUAAUGCUGUUUGUACAGAUACAUUUCUCUACGUACCUCAUUGUCUGAACUUUGGACAAUAAAAUUCUAUCUCGUUUUUCUAA